AUGAGUAGAAAGGAAAACAUGGGAGGAACGUUGUCGGCAUCGGAAAUAAUGGCAGAAGAAAUAAUUAAAGGAUUCGGUCCAAUUUCAUUUCAAACGGAUCAAUUGAAAAAAAAAAAUGUUAUUUAUACAGCGUCUCAGUGUCCGAUGAAAAAUGUACAACCUAAAAAAUUUAUAUCCGAAUGUCCGGUGUCGUUUGGUUCGGAUUUUAAUUAUGAAAAUAUGAUGGAAUCUCCGAAUCAAUCUCCAGCACCGGAUCAACCGUUUCCCUUAUCAACCGAUAGAGAAGUAUCCUCCAUACCGAAAUCAGAUGGAUCGUUUUGGGUUUACCCGAGUCAGCAAAUGUUUUGGAAUGCAAUGUUGAGAAAAGGAUGGAGAUGGAAAGAGGAUGACAUAAGGCAAAAAGACAUGGAUGACAUAAUUAAAAUUCACAAUGCAAAUAACGAAUCAGCUUGGCAAGAAGUUUUAAAAUGGGAAGCAUUGCAUGCGAAAGAAUGCAACAAUCCAAAAUUGAAAAGUUUCGGUGGUAAAGCGACAAAUUAUUCGCCAAGAGCUAGAAUCAGGCAUUUGAUGGGAUAUGAAUAUCCAUUCGACAGACACGAUUGGAUCAUCGACAGAUGCGGUAAAGAAGUCAGAUACAUAAUCGAUUAUUACGAUGGUGGACUCGUUGAUAAAAAUUAUAAAUUUGCUUUGUUGGAUGUUCGACCAGCUAUGGACUCAUUUGAAAACAUUUGGGAUAGAAUGAAGGUCGCUUAUUGGAGGUGGGUUUAUUCUAGAAAUGAAGACAAAGAAGAAUUUCAAUCAUAA